GGCCGGCUCACCCGACGGUUGACUGAGGGGAGUAUAACAGCUGUCUCUGAAGACGCCCACCUGCCGUGAAGAGGAAGAGCAACAGCAGAGAAGAGUUGGCGUUCAGACCGGGUGUAGAUCAACCUUACAGCUGGGUAGACCAGGUGUGUUUACUCAUCCUGCGAUAAGACAGGGUCAUAAACCAGUGAAUGAAAGCAAAGGUUGGUGCAGAGCCAUGCCAUUUCCGUUUGAACAUUGCUAAGGCUCCGGCUGGACAAGAGGCGACGACGCUUUGUGUUACACUGAGGACAUGUCCACACCUGGCAGGGACAAGAGACACUUCAUCAGUGGGGUGGUGGAAGGGUUUUAUGGGCGACCAUGGACCAUGGAGCAAAGAACAGAGCUCUUUAAAAGGGAGCAGAAGUGGGGUCUGAACACGUACCUGUACGCUCCCAAGGAUGACUACAAACACAGGAUGUACUGGAGAGAGUUAUAUUCUCCUGAGGAGGCAGAGCAACUGGUUGCCCUGAUUUCAGCAGCUGAAAAUAAUCAGGUUGAGUUCAUCUAUGCAAUCUCUCCUGGUCUGGACAUCACCUUCUCCAACCCCAAAGAGGUAGCUUCCCUGAAGAGGAAGCUGGAUCAGGUAAGGCAGUUUGGCUGCAGGUCUUUCUCUCUGCUCUUUGACGACAUCGAGAGGGAGAUGUGUCCAGCUGACAAGGAGGCCUUCAGCUCCUUCGCCCACGCCCAGGUGGCCAUCACCAACGAGGUGUACCAGCACUUGGGAGACGCAAAGACUUUCCUUUUUUGCCCAACAGACUAUUGUGCUGCUUUCUGCACCCCCAAUGUGUCCCAGUCCUCAUAUUUGCAGACCGUGGGGGAAAGGCUCCUGCCUGGUAUCGACAUACUGUGGACCGGUCCAAAAGUGGUAUCCCACAAAAUCUCAGUUGAAUCCAUAGAGGAGGUGACGACUGUCCUGAAGAGGGCACCAGUCAUCUGGGACAAUAUUCACGCCAAUGAUUAUGACCCUCAAAGGCUUUUCCUGGGACCAUAUAAGGAUCGACCCACUGAGCUGAUUCCUAAACUCAGAGGAGUGCUCACAAACCCCAACUGUGAGUUUUAUCUAAACUUCGUGGCUAUCCACACUUUGGCAACAUGGUGUAAAUCUUCAGCUGCUGAAGGAAGAAGAGAUUUGGACAUGGGUUACAGCCCUCAGGAGGCGCUGACCCUGGCCCUCUCAGACUGGCUGCAGGAGUUCAUGAGCACAGAUCAGCCGGGAGGUGCUUGUCGCCUCAAAAAAGAGUUGUCAGAUGAGGAGCCCAUGCAGACAGAUGUGGGUGAAAGUCCCUAUGUUCCCGGACCAGGAGAGAACCCACUGUAUACAGCCGAACCUCUGACUAUGGAUGACCUGAAUCUGCUCUCUAACCUCUUCUACCUGCCGUACGAGCACGGGGCCACGGCCAGAAUCAUGUUGGAGGAGCUGGACUGGCUCAAAAACCACUGUCAGGAUGCUGCAGCACAGACGGAAGAGUGGUGCGGUCGGGCAGGAAAGUUUGACGGCAUGUGUGAAGCAGUGGUGCAGAUGUUCAGCCGUCUGUCGAACGCCCCGAACCGCAGCGUUCUGUACGAUCUGUACAACUACAUCUGUGACAUCAAGAGUGGGGUCGGACUGGCACGAACCUACGUUAAAACACUCGGAAGCCAGGAUCAACCCUCAGCUCAGAUAAUGAAUGAUGAUCCUGAACCUUGGGACUUUCGGGGAGGCCUCUCUGGAGAGUUUCAGAGGAUGCUACCAGGACAUGGAAAUAGGGACCUGUUCAAACACCCUCCCAUGACUGCAGUUUACUGCAUACGUUCUUACUGCACCGAGGACAAGGCUGAGGUGCAGAAGAUUUUUAAGGAGUUGCAGAGAGGAGAGGGUCAAAUCCCCCUGCAGCCUAAACUUAUCAGUGACAGCCUGUCGUCGGGUGAAAUCGCCCCCUCUCCACAUUGUGCUCUUGUUGUUGAGGAUGACAUUGGGGUUUGUGGAUAUGCACUGGGACUUACUGAUGCCAAACAAGCUGCAGGCAUGGAUCAGAGGCCAGGAAGUGACACCUUGUUAAAGGAUUUCCCCUCCCUGGUUGUUGCCCAAGUACUCCCUCGCGUCACUGAUCCAUCCCCGGUCAAGCGUAUGAUCACUCAGCUGUUGUCCUCCAUCAGGAACAGUGGCUCCAGAGGAGUUUUCUGUGACCUGAGGCAGAGCAACAGGAGGAUGCUCGACUUUUACUCUAAACUCGGCUCCUUCGAACACAUUCCCAUGGACAAGAGUCUUCCUCAGGAUAUCGUCGUCAUGGCAACACAGUUCCAGUAGCAUAAAGUGUUUUGGAUGUUGGAAAACUGUUUUAUUAUGUUUGUCAGUUUGACUCAAUUCAUUCUUCUUGUAGUCUUGUAAUCAGAAUUGAUUUUGUAAGCUUAACUCUGUAAGGAAUAUUUCAUUUCACAAAAUUGGGAGCCACCACACACAUUUAAACCCUCAGCAUUGAGUUUAUUUAAAUUUGUGGGACGUUUAUCAAGGUGACAUCAGCAAGACAAUUUAAACGAAUGACAGCUUUUAUUUUUAUCUAUUAGACAAUACAAAGGGAGUAUAUUAAGGAUUAAUCUUUGAUUAAAAAGAUUUUUCUUUGUUCUCUGGCUUUAAAAGCAUAACACAUGAUUCAACAUUGAACAAAUAACUUGCUAAUAGCUGCAGCUGAUGUGCAAGAACAGCAACGACAAACAUCCUGCCUCAUGCAGAGUAACCGUGCUUCAUGGUGCCUCAAUAGAUGUAAUGUGUCUGCUCCAAUCAGCAGUGAUCUCUGAAGUCAUUGCAUCGAUUAAAUGACGAGGCUUAGUUUUUCCUCAGCAGUAAAACAGAGACAGGAGUGAGCUUCAGAUUAAGGACACUUUUCCAUUUGUUGAAUCGUUAACCCUGAGUGAUCAGCUAAGAGGCGCUGCACGUAAAGAGAUCCACUCUGCCUGUGUUCGCGCUGCUUUUCAAAAUAAAAUCCCUGAUUUAGAAAAAAACGUGCUGAUGUACAAAUUUUCAAUUGCAAAAAAAGAAGUCAUCAAAUGCAAAGUGUACUGUGAAAUAAAAAGCAAACUUACACAUAUCAAACACUGAAAAUGGAAUGUAAAAAAUUUUAUUUCCCAGUGCCAGGAAACCAACCAAUACAAAUUAACUCUACGGUUCAAAUGCAGCAUUAAAAGCCCAAAAUGUUUGACAUUCCUGCCCAUGAUGAUUAUAUAAACUUCUGACUGAAAAAAGGCUUCAAAGAAAACUGGAAACAUAUUGGAAGAGGCAUAUUGGAAAUAAUUGUUCUGGUGAGGUUGACUGACAACAUAAUAACACAAACAGCUUCUAAGUCUGAAUUCCUCAAAACAUGGGGGUGUCAUGAAAACAAUUAGCCGAUUUCACUUUCUGAGAAACAGGAGAGGUAUCUACCAAUCUGUCUCCAGUCUACUUGGAGGCAUCUACAUGCCCUGAAAGGCAAGUGAGAAAAAGAAAUUCAGAGGCUACAGUUCAUGGGUUCCCAGAAAGAGCAGUCCUGGGGGCCAAUGGUCAUUUGUCCAACAUAUAUUCUUGAUCAACGCUGUAGUUAAUUCUAUAUCUCACAUGAUUAUACAAUCUUGGUAUGAUAACAACACAGCAUGGCAACCAAAUACACUGUUUGUGAUAAUACUGUAUUUUAUUUUACUUUACAACAAUCUCAUUUAGAAGAGGGGACACUGGUUCUUGGAAACCAGCCCGUUGACUAUCCAUUUGAAUAAUACAGUUGUUAGUGAAGGCUGGUGGUUUUAUUCUAGUGGCAGAGCCAAGUAUUACAAGAACAAACAAAAAAAUAAGCUUCUGAAAACUUUUUUUCUCACUUGUUUGGUAGAACCGAAAAAAAAAAGAAUAACUUACAAAUACUUUAGUUUUUUUUUCUCACUUGUCUUUCAGGGCUUCACAAGUCUGUUCACGAGGCUGAAACAAAUAUUGUCUAGUUUAUGUUAUGGCCAGGAGUUCAAUAUCUACAUCUGAACUCCCUGCAUGGACCUUAUUGGUAAAAUCAUUUUAAGAAUGCAUCCAUAAAUGAAAGCUGAAGAUAUUUUAAAAAGAAAACAAAUAAGUGCACUGAUAUAAAGAAAAGGGUACUAAGCUAUUAAAUAAUUUUUUUUUAAACUAAAAUUAUAUCCUCCAUGCUAAUGUGCUCGUCAUCAUCAGUAGUGAAGAAUAAAAACACUAGAAAACUGGUCCUGUAA